AUGAUGUGUUGGAGUUUGUUUGUGGUGGUGUUGGGUGUGGUGGCAGCGGUGGGGGCUGACCCCAGCUACCCCCAACCCGCCCCCUGCUACCCCAAGACCCAGUACGUCACCCAUUACCAGACGCAGGUCCAACAGGUACCUGUGUAUAAGACUGUGUACAAGACCCAGGUCGUCCCCACCACACACUACCAGACCCAGUACCAGACCCAGUACGUGACCAAGUACGAGACCCAGUACGUUCCCAAGUACGUCACCGAGACCGUCUACAAGACCCAAGUCCAGUACCAGACCCAGUACGUAACCAAAUACCAGACCCAGUACCAGACCCAAUACGUCACCAAGACCGAGUAUGUCCCCCAGUACAUCACUCAGACCCAAUACCAAACUAAAUAUAUUACAGAAACCCAGUACCAGACCGUGUACAAGACCGAAUACGUCCCCAAGUACGUCACCAAGACCGAGGUGCAGUACAAGACCCAUUACCAGACCCAAGUGGUCCCAGAGUACCACACGAUCACCAAGACCGAGCAGACCUACAAGACGGUCUGCCCCAAGCCCUCCUACGGCUACUGAAGACCCGGUCAGCCAGCGGACCCAACUGGUCUCACUACGUCACCAAGACCCCAGCAGACCUACAAGAUCAAGUCUGCCCCAAGCCUCCAAUAGCUACGGCUUCUGAAGAUCCAGUCAGCUGGCCAAAGUGGUCUGAAUCCAUCUCGAAGACCCCACAAGACCUAUGAGACCAUCUGUCCUCGAGUUGAUAAGUACUCAGCCACACCCCAUUAACUUUUACUAGGUUUAUAA